AUGACUAAGGUCUCUAGUUCAAACAAAAACCCUAAAUCCCCAAACACUAAUCUCGUUAGAAAACGAAGAAAGAUCUCCAAAACGGAGAAUGUCGAUUCCUUCAACACCAACACCAAUAGUGAACCAUUCUUUUGCAGAAUCUGCACCGAGACCAAAACAAAAAAGGAAUCUUUUACCACAAUCAGUUGCAACCACUCAUUCUGUACAACUUGCAUGGUAAAGCACGUUUCCUCAGAGGUUCAUCGCGUUAAAAUUCCUUGUCCGAUUUGCAUGGACCGUGAUUUGAAUGUGGAGGAUUGCCGCAAUAUUCUUCCAAAGAAGGUUUUCGAUCUGUGGGGAAAAUUAUUGUGUGAAGCCGGGAUACCUGAGGAUGACAAAUUCUAUUGUCCCUUUAAGGACUGUUCUGCGCUCAUGAUCGAUGAUGGUGUGUGCAGAAAAUUGGCAAGAAAAUUUAAGUGUCCUCAUUGUGAUAGAAUGUUUUGUGCAGAGUGCAAGGUUGCUUGGCACCAUGGAAUCAGGUGCAAGAAGUUUCAGAGUCGUAACAAAGACAGGAUGGAAAAGGAGGAUGUUAUGCUGAUGGAAUUGGCGAAGAAAAUGCAAUGGCAGAGGUGCCCUAAUUGCAAAUUCUAUGUUGAGAAAACUGGUGGGUGCAGUCACAUGAUGUGUAGGUGUGGAGAGACUUUCCUUUACUUAUUAGGAUGUGGAAUUGAAUAG